ACUGGCGUCAACAACAUGGCUGCCGGUGCAGAAGUUUGAGCGGUUUUCGAUCAUCCGAUUUGCAUUUCGAAACAACUGAAAAUACUUUCGCUGGAACGGUCAGAUAAAUAAGAAGUUUGGGCUCACAUCUGCGACCUAAACCAUGGCAUCAGGAGGUGGACCUCCUCGUAAAGUCUCCGCCUCAGAGGGUCGAGCACAUAGAACUUGGAAGAGGUCUAAUAGUACUGCAGAUGGUGAUGACAAUGCCAGCAUGACCAGUAAUCCUUUGGAUGCCAGACCAAAUAAUUGGGAUUUCUCUGACUGGCAGCCAAGCUCAGCCAUUGAUGCAGGUAAACGGAGAAAAAAGGCGAAGGCCAAUCCUGAGCGUGAACGUGAGAAGGAAAGAGAGCGAGAAAGAGAGAGGUCUCUAUCACAGGACUCCAGUCCGCAGGCAGCUGAGAAACACCACCGAACCCCCUCCACUUUCCCAAGGACUAAAGGCACCCAGGCUGGGCAAAAACUUGCCCUGGAGAAUCUGCGACAGCAUAUGACCUUCAGCGAUCUCGAAGAUCAGCUGAGCAAUGAUGGGGAGAGGAAUAACGCCAGGAAGGUGACACUUCGCCGUGACCGACAAGCCAACUACACCCGGCAGGAUACCUCAGGCAGUAAUGGUAGCAACAUGAGGAGACAUGGGUCUGCCGGAGACGCCAGGACCAGUGACAAUAGGAAUAACAACAGGGAAGACAUUGGGCCUGACACAAAUCACAUUGUAAGCCGUCUAAUGCAAAUUCGAGAUUACAUCAAACAAGCCAGUUCUAUGAUGAACACAUUGCAGAAGUCUCCUAAUCCACAAUCAGUUUCUGAAGUGGAGAACGUGCGCAAACUAUUAACUAACCUUCGUGAGCAAGAGAAGUCCUAUAUGACCCUGUUACAACAGUUACUGGCCUUGCGAGAUGAAGCCUCAGCUGCGGAGCAUAACCCAAAUGAUGCCAGGAACAUGGUCCGUGUUAAAGCUGAGCCUUUAGAUGAAACUGCUUCUUUGGACCUUGAUGUACGCUCAGAGGUGUCCGAUGCCACUACAGAGCGUACCCAGAGUUCAUCAUCUCGACCCCGCAUUGAGGAUAAGCUUGGGGUAGACUCUGACUCUGAGGUUAGGAGUCUUACCUCUCCGGCUGUUUGUGAUCAGAUGGGUCCUCCUCCUGCGCUUCGCGUUAGGCUCCCGUCUUGGGACUAUGAAGCUUCACGAUAUGAGUCCGAGGAAUUAAGACGAGCCGAAGAUGGUCUAUCAGAAAGGAAGAAUGAAUUAGCCAUGUUAAAGGAACAAGAAGAGUUGUUGAAGACACUUGUGGAACAACAGGAGCAAUUACGAGCUCUCCAAGGAAAGCAGGAGUCAUUGUUGGCUAUGCAGAAGGACGCUGAGAGCAGAUUGAAACUAGCCAAGGCACGGAGAAAUGCAGCUGAACUGGCCUCAAAUGUUGAUGUUCCUCAACCACCCAACAUCCCUGCUGAGCCGCUCAGUGAUGCGGAGAAUGCCACUGGAGCCCAGGGGGAAAUACCUCCUGAACUCGAAAAUCUCCGACACAGACUGGACUACCUGAAGAAAAAUAUAUAUGAUGUGAAAUCAGAGGUUACAGUGUCUGAGCCCAUUGAGGUAAAUCGCAAUCCUGAUGGGUCUAUCAGUGAUGCUGGACGCAAACAGCUGCAGGACAAGCUUCAGGAACUACAAAACAAGAAGAAGCGAAUGGAUGACCUAGUCAGUGAACUGCAGGGUCUCAAGUCGAUGAGAGUAGAGCAGCUUCUGAAUGGAGAUUCUUUCCCAGGACUGGGUCUACCUGGUGAUCUCCGUAGUACAGCCUUGUCUCAGGCCCAGGCUGGGGAGUCUCUGGCUGCAGCUUCUGGUGGACCAGCAGAUGAGGAGGAUGAGGCUACCCUCCUCGAAGUCAUUGAAAACCAGAAUAAGCUCAAAAAACUUCAGGAGGUACGUGGCAGGCUGAAUCAGCUGAGACAGCUGGUUGGUUAUUUCCAGGGAGGCAGCUUGGACCAGCCCAUGCCUGGCAGCUCAGAUCAGGCUGACCAGUCCUCUUUGCCAGGGGUCAGUGAUAAUGAUGACCUGGAUAUCACUGUGCAGAGUAAUCUUAGAUCCCCAGCCAUGGCAAUGAGGACUCAGACAGUAGAGACAGGAACCCCUGCCACAGAACAGACCGACUCCCAGCAACAGUCGGAUGAUGACAACAUGCCAGCCUCAGACACCUCUGAAACAGGGUCACGCACCUCCAGUCUGGGGCCUUGGGGAGAUGACCCAGAGAUACAGGAGAAAGUGCGUAAACUGAAAGCUGCCAAGGACAAGCUACGUCAGUUACAGAACAUGGUCAACAGUUUCCAGCAACAUCCUGAGACGUCCAGUGUACUGCCAGAUGAUCUGGCUCAGCUGGCGAACAGUCUGGACGAGGAGAUGGAAGCAGUCAUCCCAGGCUCAUCUGCCCUGACUACUGUCACAGAUGUGACAGCCCAGCUACAGGACAACUCUAGCUCUGCCAUGAGUGAUGGGGAACUGCCCCAGCAGGCAGGGGAGAGGGGUGAAGCUGAUUUUGAAGCCACAAUGCAGACUCAGCAGAAGGAGCUUGACCAGCUGAAGGUUGAGAGAGAGAACCUAAUAGCUAUCAGGGACCAGCUAAAACUGUUACAUCAGCAGUACCCUUCACAGGGAGAUGAUGAAGAGCCUGUGAGAGUACCAGACAGGAAUAACACUGAGGUGAAGUUUGCCCCAGAGCCUCAGAUACAGACUAUAACCUUUUCAUCAAAUGAUGAAUUGUAUGAUCGUAUGCGUAAACAGCGUAUUUUGCGCGAGGAGCUAAGGCAGAAAAAGCGAGAGUUGGAGGCUAUCAUGAGGAAGGAUCGGCCAAAAAAACAGUACUCUAGAAACCAAGACAACCAAAGUGACACAGUGUCCUACUCUACAGAAGCUUUUGGUACGAGUGUGGUAAGUGCAGAUGCCACGAUGGCCACGUGGGGAGGAUCAACUGUAGAGAACCUGGAGAGUAUUACAGAGGAUGAGGACAACACUCAGGAGGACGGAGAGGAGGAGGAUGCCUAUCCUAUAGAUGGGAUUGUUCAAGUAGAAGAGGAGGAAGAAGAGAAUGAAGAGUCUGGUGAGACAUACACAAUCGAGGAUGAUGUCCGGCAACGGCAGGAAGCCCGGCAACAACAACAACGACGGGAGAGAUCCUCCAGGAAGAACGGGAGACAGACCUACCCAAGACCUUUGGGAGACAUGACAGGAGCAUCACGGAACUCACAAAGGCAGAGCAACUAUGAUAAAAAGAAAUGGUCCAAUCUUAACAACAGGACACGAGCCAAAACAAGACAAGGGAAUUACCGUUCCCCAGAAGACAUCAUAGAAGAAGAUGAGCAGAGAGGUCAGUUGACUGUGUUACAGCGUCAGUUAGAGACCACGAACUCGCUCUGUCAGUCAUUGUUACAGGAGCAACAGUCACUGUACCAAAUGUUCAGAGCAUGCUACACAACACCGGCAGGGUUGGGAUGGAAUGGAACGGCGUCGUUUCGACAGGGAAUGUUUCAAGACCCAUUUGCUCUGCCCCCACCGUUACAACAACAGCAACAAGUGAUGUUCAGAUUGAACCAGUGCUACCAGCAAAUGGCACUGCAGCAGUCUGAAUUACAGAGCCUGCAGAAUCAGCUGCAGUGUCUCUCCCUUCAGAUUGGCGGAAACUCGCCGAACCCAGAAAACCAGGGGUUGAACAACUCAACAAAGUUAAGUCCGGUGACCCAGGGGAUUGGUUAUAACCCUUACCAAGUUCCUCUGAUUAACUCAUCCAACCAAGCCAGCUCAUUCUCGUUAAACCCCCAGUUCCCCGCCAGUUUUUCCUUCCUGAACAACCCUAAUGCAUACGCUGCUGCCAAUGGUGUUGAUGUAAGCAAUGUGAGGGGAAGAACCUCAAGCCUUGGCCAAGGCGGUGGGGAUGGAGGGACUCUGGGCAUGCAGGCAGAAGCUCAUCUUGCCAGGGAGCCUUUUAACAACAACCGCUUGUCAUCAAACAGAGCAGCCAGUACCAAAGGCUUGAAGAAGAAUAACACCUCGCAAAGUGCUACCCAAACGUGUCCGCUGAAUGCCCCAGCCAGUUGGUCAGUGGUCAGUGGUAGAGAACCUUUUGGGCAGACUAGUCCUGAGGCGGCCGAAACUGUUCCCAGGCUAAAUCUGAAUAGGAUACUAGCAACCAAACGAAGCAGAGCAGGGCCUUUAACGUCAACUGAGAGAAAUCCACCUCUCGAUGAAUCAGCUGUGAUAGGGCGUGUGUACUCUGGUUCAGGACGAGCCACUGCUGCUGCUAACCUCGCCAGUAAGAAGAAAGCUGGGGAGCUGUACCGUGGGGGGCUCAGUGCUGGCAUCAGUGGAACAGCACAUGCAGAUAGUGCUAGUGUAUCCAGUGUCCUCUCCAGCGUAACAGGCAACCAAAGAAAUAGAAAUAGGGAUACAGAUACCAGCAAUGAUCUCUCCCUAUUCAAUGCCCUCAGAGAAAACAUUUAUGCAGAGGUAGCAACACUUAUUUCUCAAAAUGAAAACCGGCCACACUUUUUGAUAGAGCUUUUCAAAGAUCUUCAGUUGCUGUCGACGGACUACCUGAGGCAGACAGCACUGUUCUCUAUCCGUGAGAUGGUAUCCAGAUAUCUGCCAGAUGAUAAUGUGGAGUCUGGAACAGAGCCCCUCCCACCCUGGCUUACCAGCACCAGAGCUACCAACUCUGAGCUGACACCCAGUGAAAGUCUGCUCACGUCAGAUGAUGAAGAUCUGAAUGAAAGGCUUGAUCGACGGAUGGCUGAAACUAGAACAUUAACUCGGCAGAUACUUCAACGUACUGGCUCACUGAACCACGAGAACUUUGAUUACGUGGAGACUGCGGAGAACACCAGCUCUCUGUCCACCCCGUCCACAACCAGCUUUAAGGAGUCUCCAUUUGCCCAGGACUCUCUGGGAGACACAGUCAUACACCUGGACCAGGUGUGUUCUUCUCUUCAGGCUCUGAGGAGAAUGAGAGAGUAUGAACAACAGAAGACGGAGGCUGAGCAUGCGGAGAAGGUGAGGAAGCUGACAGAGAAGCAGAGUCACCAGAAGAAGGCCAUGGGGUCAAAAGGUGGCACAAGAUCCGAGGAGGCGGGGGAUGGUCACAGCGACAGCUCGGCCUCAGAUGUACCUCACCCACGUAUAGACACUCAGCAGUUGGACCACCAGAUUAAGAGCAUCAUGACAGAGGUCAUCCCAGUCAUAAAGGAGCACAUGGAGGAUGUGUGCUCCCCUCCACUGCUGGACUACAUCAAACGCUUGGUUGUCUCCCUUACAAGAAAUGAGAACAAGGGUCAGGAUGUGGCUCGCUUUUUUAACCGACAACUCGGCUCUAUCCUUAGAGACUCACUCGUGAAGUUUGAGGGCAGAAAACUGAGGGAUUGUGGUGAGGACCUUCUUGUGGAGUUGUCGGAAGUGCUGUUCAAUGAGCUGGCCUUUUGUCGUCUUCUCCGUGAUCUGGAUGACCCCGCCGUGGCCACGAUACAGCCAAAAUUCCACUCCAAUGAAAUUGCUUCCUCCUCCUCGACAUCAGCUGGUCAGAGGAUUGUGAACUAUGACCCAGACUCUACAGAUGGGGAGGGCAGUGACAGCACGUCACUCGACGGAGAGAAUGAGGCAGAAUUGGGGGCAGAGUCUGAGCCUAUGGACUCGGCUACACAAGCCGGAGCCAGUGAGGUGGAGGAUCUUGGCAAGAGACGUGAUGAUGCACUGGCCAAUGAGAUUCGUAUACAGGAUGCUGAUGAGAAGGAUGAUGAACCAGAAUCCGCAUUCAAGUCUGUCAUAGAGCUAGCUGUCAGCGAAACCAAGCCAUUCACUCGGAUUGGUAGUGAUGAGGAUGAUGAUGAGAGUGAUGAGUCUCUCAGUGCAGGGGACCCCUCAGAGACAGCGGUCUCCAGGGAUGCUAAGCUAGAGCAGACUGUAGGCCUGGAGAUCCUGGAUGCUGAUGGUCAGCCCAGUCAGGCUGAGGAAGCUGGCAUGGAAGGGGACAUCACUGUGCUGGAAGUGACACCUGUGCAGGAAAGGGGAGAGAACCUGGAAGCUGCAGGUGCCUCCCCAGCACGGGUGAAUGGCACAGCACCAGUCUUAGUCAAUGGGGAUGCUGCAGGAGAACUUAAUGGGGAGGUAACUGUUGAAGAUCUUCCUGUAAAGCUUAGUGUCAUUUCACAGGGUGAUCUUGCGAACCAGAUGAGUGAGGAACAGGCAGCUAAUUCAGAAUCUGUUGCCCUGGUAACCAACCUGGAGACAGACGACAUUGAGUUGGCAGGGGAUGGACAGGCUCUUAAGGAACCUGACUGCUCCUCGUGUUGAUCUGGUUCUGACAACAUGCCAUCUGCCCUGAAGACAACUGAUAACAUGUCAGUCUGGCACAUGUAACUAUGCCCCUAAGACAAUAUGGAUACCAGCUGAAUACUGAAUUAAAUGUCUGUUAAUAAUUAAUGACAUAUAUAUUGACGUAUGUGUCAAUAAAACAAGAGAGUGUAGGCUGGGAUUGUCGGAUGGUAGAAAUCUGUUUCUGUAUGUUUUCAUGUGUGCAUUAAACACCUUGAAAGGUUAACAGCGAACACCUUUAGGCAAUUUAGGCACUAGAGAAAAGUUGACAGCAUGUUCGUGCGUAGUUUUUUGUGCGUUGUUUUCAAUGAUGUGAUCAGAUUUCUUCUUCAUACAUCUAAUGUAAUAUUUGAGGGGGAAAAAACACCAUGUGAUAUCGUCAUACCACCAACUUCAAGCCAAGGCAAAUGUAUACUUUUUUCAAUUGUACGCCAGAAACCUCAUCUGUUAAGGAUGCAUUUGGACUACCCAAGUAAAUCAUAAUGUAUAGGACAUUUGAUGUUCUUCAUAUCAAAGCUGUGGUCCGCUGAUUGACAUUAAUGAACUACCGACAUACUAGAUUCCUGUGUAAUAUUGUAAGCUAAUUUUGUUGAAAUGUGCGAGUAUCGAUUAAUGACUGACAAUUAUUGAUUUGUCCCAACACUGCUGACGUGAUCAGUAUUCUGUCCACUGUAAAUAUCUGGUAUGGGAUCUGUUGUUGGCAAUACUAGUGUUGUAGCAGUAAUCAAGUGCACUGAUGUAUUUGCAUUAGGAUGUAUAAUUAGAUCACUUUAUGACAUAUCACAACGAGGACGAUAGUAGAUAUUGGCGUAUGUUUUCCUUUCUCUCAAUAUACACGAGGUAUAUCAGCAGCUAAAUGUCUUGAACAAGGCAGAAUGUUCAAUGUGUACAAGGAUAUAUGAACAGUUGCAUUUUAAGACAUUGUUUAUUACAUUGAAGGAUAGUAAUUUCAGCGUUUCAUAAGUUCCAAUGCAGGUAUCAGGAAGUAGUCAGAGAGGAAUAUUCGUUGAAUACGUCCAAUACCCUGGAUAAUAUUUUGAAGACACGUUGAAGAUGUCUAUACCAGUGCGUUGGUAUUUGUUUUGAUUAUAUAGCCUGACAUUUGUUCCAUAUUCAUCAUAUAAAUACAUAUUUUUUGUUUAGGAUUUAAUGUUUUUCCCAUCAAAUGGAAAGUGACGGUUGUGAUUAUUAAACAGAUGUGUGUGUGUGUGUGAAAUGCUAGAGACAUGUGAAGUUGAAAUCUCAUCAGUUCUCCAUUCAUUAUCACAUGUUGUAUCUUAAUUGUAGAUAUUUUGUUCUCGUGUUGUUUGGAAUGUGAUACAGUCAGUUAAAGGCGCAAGUUAAAACCAUUAGUCUUUACUAGCUUAAGAUGUUUGUAUUUGAAGUUAACACGUUUUCAUGUUUCUGCAGUAUUUCUCCGACUUACAUUAUUGUGUGCACUUAUUCAUGUUUGCUUUAUAGUUGUCAAAAAAUACGCUUUAAAACACGUUGAACGAAUUUGCUGUUUUACUUAAAUGUUUUUGCCUUGUUCCUGUAAACCGUAGCAUCCAACCAGUACCUAAUAAAAGUGAAACUGUUCUA